AGCUAGCUCGUCCUUUUAACUGCAACAUCUCGGCAAGGCCUAGAUCCAGAGCUGAAGAGUAAGACCUAGCAUAGCAUAGCAUAGCAUCAAAGACACAGCGGGAUUCGGCACACAAGUUUAAUCUCAUCACAUUCGUCCGGUGAGAUUCAUGUCGUCAUGAGAGCUCCAAGACCCCUCCUCAAAGGCAACCUUGCCGUGAACUCAAUUCUCGCCGCUGAGCCAUCCUCCAGCCUCUUCCAAGUGCCGUCUCUCUUCUAUUACAGCUAUAUAUCCCUCGAGCAACUUCCCUCAACAGAUUCUUUCUCUUCAGUUCAUACCACAUUCACAGUCGUGUCCCAUAUUGUAGUAUAAAACAUCACAUUCUCUGUUUGUCUAUCUAUCAUAGCCAACACUCCCUUUCGUUCACGUCACAACAACUGAAACCAUGCGUUUCUCAACACUCUUUGCCUCUGUAGGCCUUGUCGGCUCUGCAAUUGCUGGCAUCGUCCCCCGAUCUUACAGGGUUCCUGCUGCGAACGGAUUCCCCAACCCCGAUGCUUCACAGGAGAAGCAGAUCGCUAUCCAGGCUGGUGGAAAGCUCCCUGGUGCUCCUCUUCCUACCACUCUUGGUGAUGGUUCUACCACAGCUUUCCAGCUGAUUGCCUUCAACGAGCUUUUUGAGACUGCUUACUUUUGCUCUCUUCUCUACAAUGUUACCAACAAGAUUGAGGGAUACAAGGUUGAGGGUGACAAGUUUCAUGAGGCCACCCAUGUUCUCAAGACUGUCCUUGCUCAAGAAGAGCAGCACGCCAUCGGCGCCCUGGCCACUCUCAAGUCAGCCGGCAGAUUUGCCCCUUCACCUUGCAAAUACCAAUUCCCCGUCGACAAUCUCAAGGACGCCAUCCUUCUCGCUGAGACCUUCACUGCAGUUGUUCUAGGUGCUCUCCAAGAUGCCAACGUUGUCUUCGCAAGCGAGGGUCUUCCCGAGGUCGUCCGCCUGAUCUCAUCCGUCAUCGGUCAAGAGGGUGAGCAGAACGGUUUCUACCGCAUCUACCUCGGCCAAGUCCCCUCUGAGUCACCUUUCCUGACCACUGUCCCUGCUGCUUUCGCCUGGUCUGCUCUCCAGGGCUUUGUUGUUCCUGGUUCUUGCACUGAGGACAUCAAGAAGAUCAACCUUCCCAUCUUCCCUGCUCUCCAGGUCAACGGUGGUGCCAUUGCUGUUAUUGACGCUGAGGACCAGAGCCUCUCUUUCAGCGCUACUCUUGAGGAGUCUCACAAGGGCAAGGAUCUCUACAUUACUUACACCACUGGCCAACAGCUUCCUUAUAGUGUCAAGGCCGAGAACGUCAAGUGGAAUGGCAAGACUGUCAAGCUUGAGGCUGAGUUCCCCUACCAUAAGCUGGUCGCUCAGGGCUUCACCCACGCUGCUCUGACCACUUCCAACAACAUCGCCACUCCUGAUGACGUUCCCAACUUCACUCUUGCUGCUCCCGGUCUCAUCCAAGUCAAGAACCCUCUCGAUGGAGGCAAGGGAAGCCACUCUGAUUAAAAAAAAAAAAAAAAGCGGGAUGUUGGCAAUGCCACUUGGCAGUUCUGGUACCUAAUAGAUCAAUGGAAUUGGUGCUUUGGUGUUACAAUAUUUACAGAGUUUAUGCAUUUUUCUCGGGCCUAAUGAUAAUUCAAAAUUAAAUAAAUGGUUGGUUAUGUUAGA